UAAAUAAUAAUAAAAUAAAAUGAACUUCCAACUUUUUGCAAUUUUCAUGUUAUUUACGCUGUUUUUGGUUACAUCUCAUGCUGGGAUACCAGAUCGUUGCCUUGAACCACCACCGCAAGGUAUAGGUUUAUGCAAGAAACUCCUAUUUGGCUACCAUUAUGAUCCAAAAACGAAGAAAUGCAAACGGUGGUUCUCCUCUGGAUGUUCAAGGACUAAAGGAAACUCUUAUAAUUGUCUCAAGGAGUGCAUUGAGGAUUGUGUGAAAUCGUCUGAUUGUAAGGAAAAUUAAUUAAUUCUUUUCAAUCGUAAAGAGCUUAGUAGUUUCAAUAUACUUUAUUUAC